CGCAUGAACACGUUUACUAUUAAAUUCGGCUUUUUGGCGGAAAAAUGUUCAAUAUACCAUUAGAUGGUAUCAUCCGACCAAGGCAAUAUUUAAUGACUAGCACCAUGGUACUCUAAUAAGUGUUGAUGCCAUUCAGCAUUAAAUAAAUAGGAGAGGUUAAGUAGCAUUUGCAGCUGUAGUACGACCUCACAUGAUCCAAUGAAAAUUAUAAUGCCAAAGUCGUUCGUAUUAAAUUUCACUAUUGAAAGCCCAGAUUGUAUUCGCACUUUAGCAUUAGAAACUUCAAUAUCUUUAUUGCUGAAUACGUAUAAAUAUGACUUUAGACCAGUCUUAUGACGACAACAGCACUCGCGGUUUAACAGCUUUGAAGAAUCUGGAUAUACCCACAAAUAAGAGCAGUACUUCAGGGCAGCAAGUUACUAGACAACUAUCAACCUCACGACGGACAAACCCGCAUACACGAACACAGUCCAUCUCGACACCAUUUCAUCAACAUCUACUUCAUUCGCCUUCGUUUUCGCCAACGUUGAAUAAUAAUAAAAAGUUAAAGCAUGGACGGAGAGGCUCUUUACCAUUGGCUAUUCACGUUACUGACAUCAACUCAACUGCAUUCAGUCGUCAAAACCUAGCAUCACCUUCUUCACCGUAUUGUUUGCUGAAAUCACCUAUACCACCCUUACCCGAAAAGGGAAAUAUUGCUAUUGAAAUUAUGGAUCCCAAAGUGGACGUUAUGACAUCGCAUUAUACUAAUCAUUCUUAUGGAGGUCCAACAUGUACAAGAACGAUGAUGCAAAACCUCUCGUAUAUAUUGAUGUGGUAUUUCUUUUCAACUUCACUAUCAUUAUACAAUAAGAAUUUGAUGGGCCGCGAUCGAUUCAAUUUCAAUUUCCCUCUGUUAGUGAGUGCUAUUCACGCUGGUUUACAUACUAUAAUUACAAGUAUUAUGAUGUGUUUAGGUGGAAAACGAUGGAAGACAGGACGUACUAUAGCACUUAAAGAUUACAUAAUGAAAGUGGUGAGUAGAAAUAUUGAACCUAAAAUGAUGUAAGUUUCGUGCUUCUUCCAAAGCCCAAUAUUGACAAUCGCCCACGAAUGUGAUAAGGUUCCUUGCGGUGUGACAGCCGCGUUAGAGAUAUCA